CAAGACGGCCCAACAUGGCUCAAGGGGCCAAGGCGGCCCCAUAGCCAUUUCGGCUCAAGCGUCUCUGCUCAGGGAUCUAAAGCGAGAGUGCGGCGGCCCAGCAGCAGGUCGGACAUCUCACACAAUAUUGGGUUCCAUUAUCGCUUUGCUAGCAUGGCGACAACGACUCAUGGUAAGCCUGAGAAGGUCAAGGGCUUGAAGUCGAAGCCCUGCGAUGAGGGCAAGUGUGGCGUGGUUCCCUUGAGCGCUGAGCAGCAGCGUCUAAAGUGGAAGGCUACGAUUGCAGCAAUGUGCCUUGAUGCAAUCCCUGGGAUCUAUGUUGGCUCUUCGACGUGGGUGGACCACAUGAACCAAGCGGUGCCGUCAGGCAUGUCCCAUUGGUUCGCCCCGGGAGUUACACAGCCAGGGUUCUUCAUUUUCAUGGCCUUAUGUGUGUACUUCCCCUUGUUGGCGCUCCUUCUUCGCAGGAAGAUCGUCGGUGUGCGGGCGCUAGGUAUCUUGGCUGUGGCUGCCUUUGUGUUCCCUUUGUCCAUCGGCGUGACUGCAGGAGGUGGAAGUUUUUGGGUGCAGUAUUUCGGGGCUGCUGUAGGUGGCGUCGGCUUGACGGCAGCUCAGUUUGUCGAGAAAAUCGUGGCAGUUCAGUGGUGGGCUCUCACAGGGGAGCAAGCCAAAGGGGCCGGUAUGAUGGGGGGUUCUGUUGGGCUUUGGUCCGUGGCAUUUACGCUUCUCUCAGCAAGUCUCAUUGAUGGUCUCGGCUUGGAGUCUGCGAUGUACAUCUUGGCGGCUGUCGUCUUCGCGGCGACGUUGGUCCCGUUGUGGCUCACAUUCGCCGAUGGGUUGCAUGCUCCUCCGCAAGCUGCGAUGGACGCAAGCUCCAAUGCCCCGGCUCGCUCUACGUCGCCCGAGUUCAGCACGAUUUCUGUGUUGAGCUCGCUGCAAUUCUGGCAAUUACUUUUCCACUUCUUCGCGAUUUUCUUCUUUGGCUUCGGCCUGAAGGCCCUGCUUAGCCCCAUCUUCCAGACGACCUAUGAUGUCACUUACCUCCAGUCGGCCUACUUUGCAGCCUUUGUCCUCGCAGUCUACGCAUUGAUGCGCAUUGGGCUCCCGCUGCUGACGCAGCGCUUCCCACUGAUGCCUGUCCACAUGGUCUUGUUGGCAAGCAGCGCCGCGCUCUAUGCAUGCUGCCCUGCUAUCGUGAAGCACCUCCCGAUCUGCUGGCUCAUCGUGGCCAACUCCCUGACUGGCGCCUCGUUUGCGGGCUCGAGCACCCUGCGUAAUUUGCUCGCCCUCGAGCUGUACGGCGCGAAGGAUCUGGCCAACGUCCUUCCCCUUCUCGAGGUGGGUGUGGGCGUGGGCAAGUUUGCUGGGCCCGUGGGGGGGUACUACAUCUUCCUCCAGGACACCUCUGGUGCAGCCGUUGCGAGCAGUACCGCCUCCUACAACCCUUUCUUCUACGCUUGUGCCGGGUUGGCGGCUCUGGACUUGGUCAACGUAGUGGUGUUGCACCUCCGCAGGAAGCAUCGAGGGAAGACGGCGCGCCUCGAGAGCGAGAGCGAGGACGAGAGUCAGAACAAUGCCUCUAUCGCUUGAUCGCGAUAGCGCGUCGGUCUAACAUGUAAGCGAUCGGCGCUGGCAGGUCGGACGGCACACAGGUCGGCCACGCGAACCUGGGCAGUUGACCAGGUCUGUAGGUUUCAUAUGCCACCCGAGCUUCGUGACUGUUUUUUGGCAUUUACAGCGGUGCUUCGAAUUCGGCAAUCUGCAUAGCGCAUCUGCAAUGUUUUGGACAUCGUAAUGCGACGCAGAUCCUAGUCGCGAGUUUGCCCCGUCUUGUAUCUGGCGCGCGCGCGCUGGCGGCGAGGGGGCUCGCGCGGCGCUGGCCUUUUACAGGGGGCCAUGUUUGAUGGCUCUUACUCUGUGCGCCAGGCUCCCAGCAGUUGGUGCGCAAGUGUGGGAGGCAUAGCGAUGUGCCCGACAACGGGACUCCGCGCUCAUUAUUGCGACCGGCUCCGCCAUUACAGCACAAGGCAAGCGAGUGGGCCAUGUCCAAAAGUGACGCGCCCCAGAGGUCACCGCGCGUACGCAUCAUAUCUUGAGACGUCUCCCGGCACCCUCGCCGCACA